CCUCAGGCGGAAAAUCUGCUGCAGCAGCUACAGGAGAAAUUUCAAGCCCUGGCCGAAAAGUUAACGCUGAGAAUGGAAGAAAUGGGCGAGCGCAUCGAUGAUCUUGAGAAGCAUGUUGCUGCCCUGAUGACGGAGGCUGGGAUAGAAAACACUGACGAUGAGUUGAGAGCGAUGUGA